UCAGCCACGGUGGGCAAUUGGCGUCCGACUUGGGAAACAGAAACCGGCCACGAUGAGAUGGUUAGUUUGCAGUUCACUCGUGGAGCAAAGCUGUCACACAAGGAGAAUUGAACUGUCGGUCGGUUGCUGGGCGCUCUGCGCUUCCUCGUGGCGCAGCAAAGCCCACUAUGUAUGUAUGAAGACCGUCACGUUGAAAAGGCAGCCGGCAAAGGCCAUGCCGAGAAAGGGCGCCAGGACCACGACUUGGCCAGGAUUCCACAUGCAUGUCAGCAGAAUGAGCCAAUCGGAUUGGGUGUUGAACGCGAUGCGGUCGCAAUUGGGUUGUCGCGCUCAGCCUCACUUUCAUCUCCCAUCGUCAUCAGCUCUAGAGGCCGCCGGUGCUGGAGGUUGUUUCAGGUUGAUAUAGUUAUGUGGUUUGCUCAUUUUAAGAGUUGUACCCAGGUACGAAGUAUUCGUAACGGUCGGUCGGUUGUUUGUGGCUGGAGAUGGAAGCCGCGUCGAAUUACGAAUCAGAUGGUGGGCCUAACUGACGGGCUCAGAAGACGCCAAUUCUCGCGUGAACACUUCCUGUUUUGGCCGUUGCGCAGGAGGCAGUUAGCGUCUGACUUUGGGCGAGAGAUGUCCCGAGAAGCAUUAUCAUUGGAAGGAAAGAUAGAAGGGAGAGGGAGGGGGAUGCUCACGAAAUAUCCAUAUCUUUUUGCCGUCUUACGUUUCUUGUUUCUUUCGUUUCUUCUCUCCUUCCUUCUCUCCUUCCUUUUCUUAUUUUCCUUCCUCUGCUCUCCUGUGCCCCACUCUGGUCGAGGCCAACCUGGAGCCCCACGCAAACAAAAUCGAAGCGUUUGAAACUGACGGCGAGUCUAACCGGCGCUAGCUCCGUUGAGAAAUCCCCACAUUCGGAGGUAUCGAAGGAAUUGCCGAACCCUGAACAACCGAACGCCGGGUUUCAAUCCAUCAUCCGAACCUCAAAGUUGCCAGGCAUCCGCGCC